AUUAUAAGUAAUUUGGUGUUAUUGUUUAUUUAUGAGAGUAUGUUUAUUGAGUAUCUAUUUAAAAUAUAUGUUUAUUACUUUUUUUUAUAAAAGUUAAGUGAUUAUAAUUAAUUUAUUAAAAAUAUUUAAGACUAAAGUGUAAUAAGUAAAGUUUGUAGAGAAAAUAUUUAAGCGUCACUAUUGGAGAACCACCCUCUUAUCCUUUUAUUUUGAGUGGGUUCCUCCUUUAAAAUAAAGGGGAUUGUUGGAGAUGAUCUAAUAUAGUUACUCUAUUUUUGUGAAAAUUAUAGUAAAAAAAUAGGUUUGGGUUGAAGAUGGUCUUAGGGAGUUUUUGAUGUUCAUAAUAGUUGAUGUUUUCAUAUAUCAAUGCAUUUUUUCACUUUAUCAAAAACUGUGUAACCAAUGAUAUUUUGUAAUCUAUUUUGUGAUUGGUUGAAUAAUUUUUAAUUUAUAUUUUUUUAAGAUAAAAACAAAAAUUUUAAUAGUUAUAUACAAUCUUAAAACUUUGGCUCCGACUGGUGAUCUUUUCGGGAACACGAAGAACGAAUAAGAAAUGAACGUAUAGGAAUAAAAUUGCAGGAAUGAAAAUGAAUGCUUAUUUCUUAUCAAAUUUAAUAAGAAAUGAUUUUGUUCUAUAUUUCUCUACAAAAGAAGGAAUGGGGAGGAACGAGAAGGAAAAACUAUUCUAUACGAAUGAUGAUUUUUUUUUGGAAUUAUAAGAAAUUUAGUGUUCCCUUUCGUUAUUGGGUCACCAUUCAAAGCUUUAUGUAUUUUGAAAUCAAUGGAGUAUAAGGUAACACUUCUUAUAUAUCUUUUGUCAACAGGCAAUGUCUUUAACAAGAAGUAUUCGAUGUAUGAAAGUAUAAAGAAAACAAAAUAAUGUAUCAGACGUAUUUCAGAUUAAUAAAUUGGAGAAAUAAGAAGCAUACAAGAAAAAGAAAAACACGAGAGGACACGCCACGCCUCCUAUAUAACGAGAGCAAAAGCUCAUGAGAUAAGUAUACCGGUGAGGCUGAGAGUAAAUCACAUACCAAAAAAAAAAAAACUUGAGUGCAAUAGAUAAGAAUUCAUUCUUGUGUGUUUUCUCCUGAUUUUUAUUUCUGUGCAAAUUCCCCUUCGAUCCGUAUCUGUUUUAUUUAUUUAUUUUCAAAAGAAAAUCGAUUUCUAGGCUUGUGUUUGAAUGGUUUUGAUCAAUUAUUUACACAACAAAGCAAACUUUUGAAACUGGAUUUUCUUUAAAUCUUGCAUCUGUUAGUAUUUCCAGAACAGAGAGAUCAAUCUUUUUUAUUAUUGAUCUUCUUGUUUUUCUUUUAAAAUAGUUUCCGAGGGUAUUAUUUUUAUAUCCCUCCUUUCGGAUCUGCAAAGAGGUUGUUUAUUUCAAAUCUCUUCGAUCUAUUAUUUUCGAUUUCGAUUUUCCUUUUACAUAAAAAAAUUUAUAAUGGCAACUACUAUGGAUUACUACAAUAGCAAAACGUUUCAACAAACCGAUCCUUUCGGUGGUGAAUUAAUGGAAGCGCUUUUACCUUUUAUCAAAAGCCCUCCCACCGAUUCACCCGCGUCUGCGUUCGCGUUUGCGUCUUACCCUGACGUCUGCUUGACCCAACCGAUUCCAAACGUGUCGUCGGAUCUAAACCAGACACACUCGUACUCCAACCUUCUCAGUCCUAAACCGGUUCCCAUGAAGCAAACCGCUUCUCCACCCAAACCGAUGAAGCUAUACAGAGGAGUGAGACAGCGUCACUGGGGAAAAUGGGUCGCCGAGAUCCGUCUACCCAGGAACCGAACCCGCCUCUGGCUCGGGACCUUCGACACGGCGGAGGAAGCUGCGUUGGCCUACGACAAGGCGGCGUAUAAGCUCCGCGGCGAUUUCGCCCGGCUUAACUUCCCGAAUCUCCGAGGAGAGUUCGGCGAGUACCAGCCUCUUCAGUCCCCCGUCGACGAUAAGCUCGAAGCUAUCUGUAAGAGCCUGGCCGAGACGCAGAAGCCAACGAAGAAGUCUUCUUCCCGGAAACGUUCAUCCACCGCGAAACAACCGGAGGAAGUCAAGACGGAGGAUUACUCUAGCGUUGUAUCUCCGCCGUCGACGGAGAGCUAUGGAUCGCCGUUGUCGGAUUUGACGUUCGUUGAUGUGGAGGAGGAGGAGCAGCCGUGGAACGUGAACUUCGCGUUGGAGAAGUAUCCGUCGUACGAGAUCGACUGGGACUCGAUUCUGUCAACGUAGAUGAUGGUUUGUAAAUUAGGGGAUGCCAUAGGGGUGUUUUAGGAAACUAGAGGUCUCUGCAAUGGAGUUUUUGGUCAUUGCAUUGAGACACGUUAGGUGGGGUCCUUUUGUGUUAUUAUUAAUAAGUGGGUGUACCUUAAUGUAAAUUAUUUAUUACGUCUCUGCGUCGGUGGAAGCUUGGAUUUUUUUGUCAUGCUUCACACCGUGCGAGAUUUUUUUUUUAAUGUACUUUGUAGUUUCCCCUUGUCUUAAUUCCAAGUGUUUUAGCUUCCAGUUCAGAUACGUAUUGUGUAAUAAAAAAAAGUGUUGUGUAAUAAUAAUGCAUCUGAUUGUAGUA